GGCCAUUGAAAUACGGCUUCUAUUGAAACGGGACAUCUAGGUUACACUCGCGUCGACUCACAAGUAGCAAACUGGUACGAACUGGUGAACGUAACCCAAACUCGCGCUACUCUUAAUUAGAGGACCCGGACCGAGCCGGUGCUUCUCCGUAUUCCUCCGCACCGGCUCUGGCUGGAUGACCGCCGCCAACGUCACUCGUCCAGGUGACAGCCUCGUCUAACUGCCCCCUCCCCUCCGGGGAUGCUGCCGCCUGCGGAUGACAGCAGCUUCGAGGACCGAAACAAGUGUCUGUGCCGCUCUUCAUAAAGUAUUGAAGAUAUUGAACAGGUUCACCUCUUUUUAAAUCAGGCUGUUUUCUGCUUCGCGCCGGGGUCUAGUGGAAGAAGAGCUUCCGCCACGGUGCGGUCAUUUUAAGCCACGAAGCUUAACGGCGCUCGCUGAAAACGGUCCGAUCUGAACUCUGCGUCUCUCUUCAGCCGACAAGUCUCAACAUCUCCUGGAUGCGAUAUGUCCGACUCGGUUGUGGACAGCAAGGCGGAGGUGAAACAAGCCACGAAAUAUGUCAAAGAGACCGAAAACGUCGCGGAGAAAUAUUCGGCGAUGACCGUCAGCAAGAACAGCAGCGACGUGAACAUGAACGUCGGGGAAAUGCCUUCCGCCGCGUUCACCGCAGUGCCCACGCUGAAAUCCGUCAAGAAGAUUCAGUUUGCGAACACUGAGGACAAACAAGAGUUCAGCAAGUACCCCACCAAAGCCGGUCGCCGCUCCCUCUCUCGCUCCAUCUCGCAGUCCUCCACAGACAGCUACAGCUCAGCCGCGUCCUACACCGACAGCUCCGAUGAUGAGACCUCCCCCCGGGACAACGCCCAGGUCAACACCCACGGCAGCAGCGACUUCUGUGUGAAGAACAGCAAGCAGGCCGAGUUCGGCCGCCGUGAAAUACAAAUUGCAGAACAAGACAUGUCAGCCCUGAUCUCCUUGCGGAAGAGAGCCCAGGGGGAGAAGCCGCUGGCUGGGGCGAAGAUCGUCGGCUGCACCCACAUCACCGCUCAGACCGCGGUCCUGAUUGAGACCCUGGUCGCCCUCGGGGCCCAGUGUCGCUGGACCGCCUGCAACAUCUACUCCACUCAGAAUGAAGUGGCUGCUGCUCUCGCUGAAACGGGGGUGCCUGUGUUUGCAUGGAAGGGCGAGUCAGAGGACGACUUCUGGUGGUGCAUCGAUCGCUGCGUCAACACGGAGGGCUGGCAAGCUAAUAUGAUCUUGGAUGACGGUGGAGACUUAACCCACUGGGUGUACAAGAAGUAUCCGAGUGUCUUCAAGAAGGUUCGGGGCAUCGUGGAGGAGAGCGUGACCGGAGUGCACAGAUUGUACCAGUUGUCUAAGGCGGGCAAGCUGUGUGUCCCCGCCAUGAAUGUCAACGACUCCGUCACCAAGCAGAAGUUUGACAACCUUUACUGCUGCCGCGAAUCCAUCCUGGACGGUUUGAAGAGAACCACAGAUAUAAUGUUCGGAGGCAAGCAAGUUGUUGUUUGUGGUUAUGGAGAGGUGGGGAAAGGCUGCUGCACGGCUCUAAAGGCCCUCGGAGCCAUUGUGUGCAUCACAGAGAUCGACCCCAUCUGUGCCCUGCAGGCCUGCAUGGACGGCUUCCGAGUGGUCAAGCUGAGUGAGGUCAUCCGGCAGAUGGACGUGGUGAUAACUUGCACUGGUAACAAAAAUGUCGUCACUCGGGAACAGCUGGACCGAAUGAAGAAUGGCUGCAUCGUCUGCAAUAUGGGACACUCCAACACUGAGAUUGAUGUGGCGAGUCUGCGCAGCCCUGAGCUGACCUGGGAUAGGGUGCGCUCUCAGGUGGACCACAUCAUCUGGCCCGAUGGGAAGAGGGUUGUUCUGCUUGCUGAGGGCCGCCUCUUGAACCUGAGCUGCUCCACAGUGCCGACGUUCGUGUUGUCCGUCACUGCUACAACUCAGGCCCUGGCCCUCAUCGAGUUGUUCAACGCUCCAGAGGGGCGUUACAAACAGGAUGUCUAUCUCCUGCCCAAGAAGAUGGAUGAGUACGUGGCCAGUUUGCACCUCCCGAACUUUGAUGCCCACCUGACGGAGCUCUCUGAUGAGCAGGCCAAGUACAUGGGUCUCAACAAGAACGGCCCCUUCAAACCCAAUUAUUACAGGUAUUAAUGACAGCGUCUGAUGCUGUGAUCCUCAACACACAAUGGUCCUGGGAUGAACAAAGAUAUCUAUUUUAAUCUGUAAAUUGCUACAAAAUGGGGGAAUUAUUUUAAGUAUGCUGAAUGUAACUUAUUAAUAGCACUUCGGACAUAGUGUUAAAUAUGACGCAUAAGACUUGUAGGAAACAUACAAUGUAUAACCAACUAACAUUUACAUGUCUUGUCACGUGUUUAAAGAAAAGCUGCUUGCAUGCUUUCAUGUGUACGUGCUUAUUGAGUUGAUAAUGCUUCUGUUGCUAGAUCACAAAGUCGUUGAUUUCUUUGUUUAUCCUAUUUAUGCACAGUGCAAAAAAUGAUGGCUGUCAGAAUGGAACAGAUACCAUGUUUUGUCUGUCGAGGACAUUAAGAUUUUAUUAAUACAUUCCACGGGUUUGGGCUGAACCAUAACAAACUCUGUAUUCCAAUGCACAUUAUUUUAGAAAUUAUUGUUUUACAUUCGUGAAAUAAUCUCAUUGAAUGGUAUCUGCAUACAUGGCCGAAAAGGUAUCAUCCAGUCACACUUUUUAUAUUGUCAUUUAAGUACAGUGAUUCAAUAUAACACUUGUUGUUUAUUAUACAAAUGCAAUAGUCUGUGAAAGGUUGAGUGAAAAGCUUCACCUGAAUACAUGUAAACCAACGGGAUGUUUUAUUUGCCGACAGAAGAAGAUGUUCUGUUAUGUUGAAGGUGACACGCUGUGUGCGUUCUUAAAAACAUAGAACUGGAAAGGUUGAGGAGUAAAAUAUUUUUAAACUAGGACAAUUUUCUUUAUUUAAUUCCAAGUUUUCAUUGGCUCACUGAAGUUGCAGCAGGGAUUACAUUACAUUACAUUACAUGUCAUUUGGCUGACGCUUUUAUCCAAAGCGACUUACAGUACUGUUACAUUCAUUCACUGUAGACGCAGCUACAGGGAGCAACUCUGGGUUAAGUGUCUUGCUCAAGGACACAUCGACUAGGGCGGGGAUUGAACCUCCAACCCCCUGAUUGAAAGACGGACCUGCUACCCACUGACCCAUAGUCGCCCAUAGGGAUCUGUUUCUCUGACUGCGACGAGGUCGGUUAUGAAGUGUUUUGACUGGAUGCUGCCUUUAAGGCCAUGGUAUGAAUGUGCCUUUUAAAUAAUUUACAACACGUAAUAAAUAUAAGCACUGACCUUAAUUAAAUGAACAUUCCUUUUUUGUAAAACCACAUCUAUUAGUGCUGCGUUUAAUGUCUUCUUUGCACCGCUUCUGGUAUUAAAAAUAACUCCAAGAGAAAAUAAUGUAUAUUAGACUUUUUUGUUUGCCAUAUGUUCGCUGUCUUAAUUUGAUCCAAUAUGGUUCCCUAAAGUAACAUUUUAUGUCAUUAAAAAGCAUAAGUGUAUACAAUGUAAGUAAAAUAAUGCAUUAAAUCAGCAAUAAAACUACUUCUUUUAACAGAGAAAAGUAA